AAAAGCUACUUGCUGCCAAAAAAUAACAAAAGGAAGGAUUCUUAUUUUUAUUUUUAUUGCAGUAUCAUUACAGUUUACUUUUAUAAUCCACGACGAAAUCUAUUAUUUCAAAUUAAAUGAACUUUCCGUUUCCGAAAAAGAGACCAAUGGGUUUUUGCCUCAUCAUCCAAUAACGUGCCCUGAUAAUGGAACAUCAGUUUUCCUAUUAAUAAUUGUACCAUGUGAUUUUUCAAGCCUUUACCGCCGGAUGGCCAUUCGCAAUUCUUGGGGGAUGAUUGCAAAAUUGGACGAUUCUGUCAAAAUUUUGUUUCUCCUUGGAAAGAAAGAUGAGGAGAAGCCAAAUAUCAAAAGGCUCGUAGAAAAUGAAAGAUUUCUAUUUCAUGAUAUAAUUGUAUUGGAUAUUGCAGAGUCAUAUCAUUCUCUAACAAACAAAUCCAUAGCCGUUCUUCAGUGGGCUACUUCUCAUUGUUUUCGUGCAAAAUAUCUCUUAAAAAUAGAUGAUGAUAUGUUUCUUAACAUAAAGGUAUUAUUAAAAUACCUUAAAUUGGAAAAUCCAGAAAAUUCCAUAACUGGCUGCGCAGACACAAACAAAAUACCUGUUCGAAAUCCUUCCAAAAAGUGGUAUGUUUCACAACACAAGUACAACAAAGAAAAGUUUCCUCCAUAUGUUUCUGGAACAGCUUACGUCAUUUGCGGUGAAAUAAUACCAAAAUUAUUGAAGGCUUCACAGACUGUGCCGUUCUUAGAUAUUGAAGACGUCUUUAUUACUGGUUUAUGCCGUGAAUUCAUCAAAGCUAAGGUUAUAAAACACAAAGGAUUUACUUGUCGAUACAGAGAACCCGGCCCAUGUGGAUUGAAUUAUAUUGACGCAGUCACGGGACAUCAUUUUGAUCCGAGUGAAAUGGUCCGCAUGUGGAAAGAGCUCAAUCAAAGACAAAGCUGUCGUCUCGUAGACUCAGAAGGGUUGUCAGGUUGUGCUAGAAGGUUAAAGAAAUGGAUAUUACGCACUUUAGAAAUAAAAAUAAAAAUAUAGAUUUUAGUUUGCUAACUGAUGUAGUAUACAGUGGACGUUUUAAACAUUUAUUAAUUGCACAUCAAAUAAUUUUAGAGUGAUCUUAUCUUUCCUGAAUAUCUAUGAUUUUUUCCCGGCGUUGCUGUGGGUGUCCCACUUUAUCUGUUACAUGGACCAGUGAUGCAUCUGGAGAUGAAUGCUUCUGAUUCGAAUAUAGCAUUGACCGUAUUUCGUGGCUAGUGACCAGAGAGAAUGUUUUUAAACAAGCCUUUUUUUGUAAUUUUGUGCCUUAUUAGGUGCAACAUUUGAAUAGAUGAUCCAUCUAUAGAUGCAGCAUACAUGUAACUUUCGAUGCCCUUUUUUUAAGACACAAUGAUUAAUUUAACUACAGUGAAACCUAUCUUAUCCGACAUGCUGCAGGAAAUAAAAUCAAUGUCGGAUUAGGCAGUGUGUCGGAUUAUCCAGUGUUGAAUAUUUCUAAGCAUUAUCAUUAGUGUCAGAUGACUUCAUACCAAAAAAUCAUUUUUCAAUAGGUUUAGAGUACACGUAUAUUUAAUUGUCAAAGUGUUUGCAUAGUUGUGUUUUUCUUUAUUGUAAAAUAUACCUGAUUAACAUUUCUUUGAGAAACAGCGUUUGUAAUAUAGCAUUAGUAACUCUGUAGUAAUAUACGAUGAUUUUUUCAAGGACAAAACAGAUGGAACUGCCGAUCGCUUUGCGAUGUUUGCAAUUUAAUUUUUACUUAUUGAGAGUACAGUAGAUAAAAGUCAAUAUUUUGUCUACCUUCUCUACACAGUGGUUUUAUUUCUUUUUUCAACAGAUUUUCGCCAAUGUUUAUUUCUCAACAUAAACUGUGCUAUUAAUACCGUCACGCGACUUUUUAUACAAACGGGACGUAAUUCUAAAACUUUGUGACUGUGAUUGAAUUUUAAUCAAACAGACGUAAACUUUUAAAAUUUAAUGGAAAACUUGAAGCGGUAUUUUUUGCUUCCAGCAAAUCUUUUAUGUGCAUAGCCUCGCUUUAUUCAGUGUAUAUUAACCGGAAAUGAAACGUUUUCCAUUAGAUAAGAUGCUACCUUCAAAUUGUGUACAUGUUACACAGUAUAGUUCUUUGUACUCAUUUUUUUAAUUUUCAUUACAUGGCUUUACGAAAAACUCUGACUGCAUAUUUGAUUAUAAUUUCAAACUAAAAGUCUUAUUUAUUCUGUAAGGUAAAGGCGAUCUAAAUAACAUGUACUAUUUUUAUUUUCUGUCGC